GUCGGUAGUAAGAUUCAAAUGAGUACAAAUACUCAGUGGUAUUGAUGGCCAAUGGCAAUGGUUGGAUAUUUGAUGGCAGUAUUGCCGAUGGCUGGACAGACAAAUGGUCGAACGAGGAGAAACGAAAAUUUACGGAAGAUUGGCUGAAUGACAGUUUUUUAGUCGACGAGUCUAUGGAAGAAUCAGGUAUAUCAAUAAAUUUUGUUACUAUCCAGAAACAGUUACGUUCGUGAUUUAUUUCCGUUAAAUGGUUUGCAAACCACUAGAGACACUAGAGCUUUUAUCGUACAUCAUAUAGCUUCUGCUUGGGGAGUGCUUGGCGCCAUUUUUAUGCUUCGCGUAGCCUGCGUGGCAGGCGGUUUUUCUACGGGCAGCGAAAAUUAGGGAGGCAAAGAAAAAUUCCUUCGCCUCCCUAAAACCGCCUGCCACGCAGGCUAUGCUUCGCGGUGUCUUUAAUUUGAUGUAUAUACUAUUUUACAUCGAGCAUUAGACCCGCAUUUUGGCGCACACAUAUCCAUUAUUAAAAUUCAUUGAAACGAAUUCAGGGCUGUAGGAAACUCUUUUCGAUUGGGGGGGGGGGGGCUGAAAGCGAGGGACGAAGGCCCGAGAAAAUUUUAAAUUUAGAGUCUCUGAAACGCCAUUUCCUGGACUUUGGGGGAAGAUUUGACAGAAUUAUGAUAGUCCGAAAACAGCGUUUUAGUAUGUCGAAAUUUACAAUUUAGUAAUACUAAAUGGGCGAAAGCGUAUUUAAUUAACUAUAUAUUGAAUCAGUUAACUGCAGGAAAGUAUGGGUAAUACCUUCAUGCUUUGCAUUUUGUCACGGAUUAAAUGAUAAAGGUCUGCAUGAUUUUGAAAAACGAAUGAUUAUUAGCAAAUUAUUGGGGGGGGGCUGCAGCCCCCAGCCCCCCCCCCCGAUUGCUACGGCCCUGGAAUUGAUAAGGGAGUGGUCAUUAUUUAUGGAGAGGGGGGUUGGGAAAUGGGGAAAAUAAGGAUUGAAAACUUUUUUGACCCCCCCCCCUCCAGACUGAAGGCAAACUUUUUGUGCCUCCCCCUCAUAAAAGUAGAAACUUUUCUGACCCCCCCCCCAGUGUGGAUUGAAAAAUUAACAGCAAUGAAACAGGUGUGCGUUGCAGCUAAAGUUAGAUAUUAGGACAAUCUGUUUAAUCUAGCUCAUGAUGUUUUACCCUGGUGAAUAUGAUUCAACCAUAUAUGAUUAAAAAUAUAUAUUAUGUGUUACUACUUUGCAAUGCAACAUUUGUCCUACCAUAACCCUAACCCAUGACCCGUCUUCAUACAGCGAAAUGAUUUGAACACAGGGUUUUUUUAAGAACUUGUCUGGGGGGUGGGCAUCUACAAAAAGGGACCAUACUAUAUUGAGUGUGGAGAGAUGACAGAUGGUUGUUGGUGACAAAAAGUUUGGUGUGGUAUCGUAUGUACUAGUAGGGGGUCUGGGGGUAUUGUCCCCCAGAAAAUUUUUUUUAUUUUUCCACCCCUAGAAUUGAAAUGUGAGCAUUUUCCUCUGUGAAUUUUCUGAAACAGAUUUUUGGAUAUACAGCGUUACAUUGUGCGUUGAUAGACCGAAUCUGAUCAGUUAAGUGUACUUGCAUGGUAUGUUUAUGUAAAUACCACAACUGGGUCACUCAGGAGGUAGAAAGCUUGUUAAACUUAGUGGGCUCAACGGUCGCUCGGUGCCACCAUGGUUGGCGCCGAGCAGGGAAAUUUUGAACAUUUUGAGUCUCUAGAUCGUUGGAAAUAGCAUUUUCAGAGUACUAGUCUUCUUUUUUGCUAUUUGUGAUUAUAGAAAUCAAAAACUUUUAUGACCCCCCCUUUCUCUGUGUUAAAACUUUUUUUGACCCCCCCUAUUUAUAAGGGUAAAACUUCGUUUGCCCCCCCCCCCUCCCAUUUCCCAACCCCUCCCCAUAAAUAAUGACCACUCCCUAACUGGAACACUACCUUUGGAUAAAAUGGCUAUCUUUUUCAUGAAGCCAAAUCUGACCCCCAGACGUGCGCGUGUCAAGGCGUCAAGACACGAGUGUAAAUAGCCAUAUAGACGGCCUUGAUUAAAGCAUAACUUUUAUUUUAAAUAUCAUAAUUUACCGAUAUGUAUUCACUGUAUGUAUUCAAUUGAAAGUACUGUUUUUCAACCAUUUACAGGCUAUAGCUAAUAGUCUACUUGUUCAACAAUAAUAUACAGUACGGUGCAUUACACGUGGACGCAGCUGCAUAUAAUACUAAUUCAUGCUGUAAUUUCAAUAGGUGUAGUCGUUAUACUGCCUAUAACAAGCAAAUUUAUUGUUUUAACAAUUUAAAAAUUGCAUGGCUUCUUUUUGAUGCAUUGCCAUUGGCGCUAUAAUUACGGUGAAUGAACACUUGUUUCACCUAAUUCAUAGUAAACGUCAUGCAUACGAUGACAUUUUGUCCAUAGUUUCAGUCUUGCUUAUAAAAAAAUGACAGUGUUUUGCCGAUACUUUUAUCAUGCUUGGCUGCCUUGGUCGGCCAUCUGCUAUUCUUCAAUAAUAUUGAAUCAGUUUCACAAUAUUUGCAGGAGGACUACAAUGCAUAUGAAAGAUAGUAGGCUUUAUAAGCAAAGUGACCGAGGAUUUAGAAAAGUGAUGUUACAACUAUCCUUUUGCAUGGACAAGGUCAAGGGGACCCGUGUCUCCGGUUUUUUGUCGUCUACUGAUGAGAUACACGCCACUGAUAUAGAGCUGACCUCGCUCUGAUCUUUGGGGGUCCGUGAUGUUUGUAAACGUGCUUUAUUAUAUAGUUGAUAACGGCGAUGAAGAGUCACAGGAAAAAUCAACAGAAUUAAAGGAUCAUGAUACAACAAGUUUCAUCUCAAAUGAACAAAAUGUAAUCAUUGUUAGUGGUACGUGAGUAUCCAUUUCGACGAGAUGAACUGUCCACCGUCUUGGAUAAUUUUUUAUUUAAUUAACGGUGGUUUUAGUGGGGUUACCGUUUAACAUGUGACCCCAUAAUGACCAUUGGCUAUCUAUACCUAUAGGUAAAAUAUUUGCGUCAUCCCGAUUGUGCCGAGGAAAAACGAAUAUCCAUAGCAAUCCAAUACAGCGGGCAGUUCAUUGGUUUAUCAUGCUAAUUUCGUUCAGAAUAUUUCAAGAACUAAGCAAGAUUUGAAAAAAAUGGAAACUACAGUUUCCCACACAAUGUUAAAAGCUCUUUCAAAUGAGAACAAGCAAAAUUUUAUUGCCAUACCCCUAGUGAGUGAUUUAAUGUUUUGAUUGUAUAUGCUGCUCAGCCUGAUCAUGCAUGCAUCUAAGAAAGAAUGGGGCCCAUAAUGAGUGUGAACGCGUCAGUAGAUUUCGGGACUGCACGGCGCUCUAUACUAAUUGAUCUCUGCGGCUUGUACAAAUAAAACUGAAGAAAACGUUAAUAGAUUGUUUAGGCCUUCUCAAACCAUUCCAAAAUCGUCCUGUGCGGACGACAGUGUUGGAUGAAAAUUUUGAACAAAGGCAAACCUGAUCCAACAUGUUCCAACCAACAUGCGUCAGUCAACAUUACGUAUACCAAAUAACCAAAUUUAAUUUGGGGUAGCACAUACAAAACCCGAAUUAAUAAAAUAAUGAAUAUCCAGAAAAAAAUUGUACGUCUAAUGACAUUUAAGUCGUACUUGGAACACAUUGAGGCUAUAUUUAAAGAAUUACAUAUACUUGAUAUUUUUAAAAUCAACAAUUAUUUAACUGCUUUAUUUAUGUUUCGAUAUCAUCAUCUUAAAAAUUUACCAGAAUAUUUUACUAACUACUUCGUUACAAACAACCAAAUUCAUCAACAUAAUACAAGAAACGCAUCAAAACUUUUUAAAUGUUAUAAGAGAACAAAUUAUGUACACACUCUUUCAAAUAAAGGAGUUGAUGUGUGGAACAAAUUAGAAACAAAUCUGAAAGACAUAAAUUACCUUCAAGAAACUAAUUAAGCAACAUUUUAUACCAUAGUCACUCAAGGAGAGUGACCCUUGAGUGACUCACCCUUGAGUGACUAUGUUUAUACUAAAUCAAGUUACAAAUACAUAGAUUCAGAAAUCACACUUUCUUUAUGCAGACAAUGUCUGUCCAUACAUUGUCAUUGUGCAAAAAAAUACCAUAUAAUAAUCUAACUAGUAUAUCUCUUUAUCUUAAUAUUGUAAACACUACAGUAUUUACCCUUCUUGCCUCAAAUUUGUAAAUAUCUUUUAUAUACCUUAUAAACUGACUUUUCUUCUGCAUUUAAUAUUAUCUUAAAAAUUACUGUAAAUAGUAAAAUAAUCUAAAUAGGACAUGACUAGUGGCCUAGAAACAAAAGUCUUCAAAGGUUUCUAGUAGGUCUAGGUUUCUAGUAGGUCUCUAGCCCAAAUAGUUAAUUUGUAAUAAUGUAUUAAUAAUUGUAAUGUACAUGGAAAAAUAAAAUUUAAAAAAAAUAUAUAUAGUAUAAUUAUGUUCAAACAGACGCAGCAAAAUUCCGAGUCGGAACGAGUAGUUAACAUAUUGUUAGUACUGGUUGCUACUGGUUUAUACCACUACGAGAUCAGUGGUUUGUAUUGACCUUAGCAAUCUGUUUUGUGACAUCGCAAACAAACUCUGAAAUUGUAUUUUCUUGACACUAUAUUAGAUGAUACAACAGAUGCUGAUUCUGACAUCUGCAUAAAAAGACAGAGGAAGGGGAAAACCAUCCUAGACAGCGAAUCACAGGAUAACGAUUCCGAAAUAAAUCCAAACGCAACAGCAUCAGAGAAUCCAGGUAAGACACUGUCUCCUCCAGCUCCGCAGAUGUUUUUAAUUAAACCCGCUUGCUAAAUAAUACCCGGCCGAAAUGUAAGGCAUGCAGAUAUUUCGCGAGCUUCAUUCCCGGUGAAUCAGGUGGUGUAUGAACUGUACGAACACAUUGCAUUCUGGCAUGCAGCUAAUGUUUGUGUUUGUCACGAAAGGAUGCAUGGUGAAGUGACAGUAGGAAAGUGGUAAGGAUGCGCGGUACCUCGUCACAAUGGAAAUGCCCAAUAUUUUAAUUAAUCAUAUGAACAGGUUUAUUUAUUUAUUUAUUUAUUUACUUACUUACUUGCUUGCUUAUUUAUGUAUUUAUUUAUUUAUUAUGUUUUGCCAAUUUCGCAUGAUCAUAUCUGCACAAAUUACAACUAGACAAGAAUAUACAAACUAUCAAUCAAUGGCAGGGUAUAUGCUACAUGUUUACGCCAAUAGACCUUUCUACCGCCAUAUUGCAGGGGGUGCAAAAACAUUGGGGUGAGCGCGCGGCCACCAAUGGCGCCCAUACUAUUUCCUAUUGAGUGAGUGAAAAUUACCUUUUGACAUUUUGUCCUUUUUCUCAAAAAAUUUCUAAACGAGCAUAUCCAAUUUUUAUUUUUAGAUAAUCGCUGGUUUUUUUCUGAUAUGUGGCCGAGAUUUCUUGCUAAUCGAAGGACAAGAAGUAAUAAAAAGCGGCGGCUUUUGUUGCACAACUUGACCGACGUUUGAGCGAUGAUUCUUGUUAUUUCGUUUGUUUAACCAAUCUUUGGAAGAAUAUUUGUCCAUUAAGUGUGUAAGUCCUUUGGUGUCCGCCAUUAUUACUGUUUAUAUUUGUAUAUUUGUACAAAAAUCAUCACUCAUAUGUCGGUCAAGUUGUACAAUAAAAGCCGCCGUUUUUUAUUACUUCCUGUCCUUCGAUUAGCAAGAAAUCUCGGCCACAUAUCAGAAAAAAAACAGAGAUUAUCUAAAAAUAAAAAUUGGAUAUGCUUGUAUAGAAAUUUUUUGAGAAAAAGGACAAAAUGUCAAAAGGUAAUUUUCACUCACUCAAUAGGAAAUAGUAUGGGCGCCAUUGGUGGCCGCGCGCUCGCCCCAAUGUUUUUGCACCCCCUGCAAUAUGGCGGUAGAAACCUUGGAAAGGUCUAUUACAGCAGCCCUUACAGAACGAACAUGACACAUUCUUCAUUAGAUAUUUAGUUAUAUAAAAAGGCCAGUUUCCACCCAGGAAAACCUUCCGCAGGAUAGGAACGGAAAGGAAAGUUACAUAGUGCUAAAGUCGUUAGUUCCAACGCCGUCCACUCCUGCGGAAAAUUUUCGUGUGUGGAAAUUAGCCUACCAUGAAGCUUAACAAGACGAACACAGGGACACACAUUAGAAUUAAUAACAACACGAAUUUGAACAAGACAAAUUACGGAACUUAAGACAAACAUACAGAUUUCCAUGUUCUAGGAUUUCCAGCGUCGUAAAUGUUCAGAGCCGAUUUGUAAUAUUCAUAAAGAUCGCUUUUGAAACAACCAAAGCUUAUGUUCUUUGUUGUCAACUCUUUUGGCCGAACAUUCCAUACUCUCGCACACCUGGAUAUAAACGAUUUCUAGAAUGUUGCAGUCCUACACUUCGGUUUGGUGAACUUCGAUCAGUCGGGGUCAGCUGAUCGCAUUGCUCUCUUCCGGUUCUGAAUUGUUGGUAGAACCACAGUUAAUGGCGGGAAUUCACUCUUUCCGGUUGGGGAUGGGGAAAGCCUUAUAACUUGAGACGCAUAGCAAAGUUUUGAGCGUACAAGAGUCAAAUACAGAGACUCCUUACGUAGCCGAGCAUUUUGGUUGAUUGAGCACAUUGGUCCUCAACAUGUUUGGACCAAGUCAAAUUGGAAGACGUUCACACUCCCCAAUCACGUUCGUGAAUAGUGUUUUCCAGAACAGCAUCAUGAAGCUUGUAAGGAUAUUCUAUUUUCUGGUGUUUUCUGGUUAUUCUCAAGACUUUACAUUUUUGAGCGUUUGAUAUCAGGUUUACCUUGCUGGAGUUUUCUUCAAAAUGUGUUGGGUCCUCUUGUAGCGAUGAUGCAUCAGACACGUUGUUUACAGUUUUAAAGAUCUUUGUAUCGUCCGCAAAGAUUGCAAUGCGGGAGUUGCCCACGCUUUCGGAGAGGUGGUUUUCGUACAAGAGAAGCAGUAAAGGAUCGAGAAUAGAGCCUGCGGUACACCGGAUGUCACUGCUAACGUAGGUCUUGAUGUUGCUCCACCAAUUGUUGUCUGUUGAUAACGUACGAUUGCUGAGGUAGGAUGAAAACCAGUUGAGAAGGUUACCUCAAAACCCGAACUCGUGUAAUCGGUGCAUGAGCUUAGCGUGACUUACUUUAUCGAAUGCCUUCGACAUGUCCAGGUAAAUCACGUCUAUCUGCUUACCGUUGUCUAAUUUCCAACCUAUCUGUUCGAAUACUUCAAUCAGUUGUGUUACGCAUGACUUUCGUGGAACAAAAUCGGGUUGACAAAAGGUUGAUUUGUUGAAAAACAUGAUGUUGGAUGUUAUGGAAAACGCAACGCUCGAGGACUUUGGAGAUAAGGGGAAGCAACGAGAUUGGACGGUAGUUCUCUACAUAGGAUUUCUCACCCCCUUUGUGUACUGGUAUGACAUUCGCUAAUUUCCAAUCAUCAGGAAGAACACCACAACGUAAAUGUUUGUUGAAGAGAGUGCAGAGUGAAGGAGCGAUUUGGGAUAAUGUUUCCGUCAACAAACGUGCUGGGAUUCCGGCCGGACCAUGAGCUUUAUUGUUAUUUAGAUUAGUUAAUACGGUUAUUACUUCGUCGUUAGUCAGUGUUAUGUCUUCCAAAACAAUUUCUGGAUCUGAGUGUUCUCCUGGAUUGUGGUCACUAUUGUUGUCAUGCGUAAGUUUGAGGCGAAAUAUUCGUUAAAAGUAUUCGCAAUGCCUACGUAACUACGUUGUUGGAAUACUUCUUUGAUUUGAUUUUCACUAGAUUUAACCGAGACUUUUAACGGAAUAUUAGAUACCUUUGACUUAAUCUUGAAAAACGACCAGAAACGUUUAGGACUGGGUUCACCCUGCGGAGUUCUCGAAAUCUGUGCUUGAGGUGUUCACCUGGAUGACAGGAAUUCUCGUUCUUAUGGAGUUUUUCUUCUUGAUAUAGUGAAGUAUUGUACUGUUCAUUGAAGGGAGAUGGUUUCUACCUCGUAGUGUUUUUGUCGGCACAAAUUUCGAUACCGCGCCCAAAAACGCAUUUUUCCACGCGAGCCAAUUCUGGUUGAUAUCGCAGUUCUAGUGAUAUGAGUUGACUGAGGUCGAGGGAUUGAAGAUGCCUUCGUAGACCAUCAAAGUCAGCGCGUCGGAAAUCAAACACUGAACGUUUUAUCUUUGGGAAAGGAUUGCAUGAGAGGAAGAGGUCGAAAAUAAUAGCGUUGUGGUCGGUUGAAAUGUCUGAAUCACUUGGUUUCAAAAAUUCGCAUAUCUUGACUCGGUCCGGAACAUUGGUGAUGACAAGAUCGAGAAUGUUUUCGCCACUGGUGGGAGUUGUGUUUAGCUGUUCCGAGAAAAAGUCAUUUAAUAAUUUGAUAAAUGAGUUCAUUAACGUCAAGCAUUUUCACGCGAGUUCCAGCUCGCGCUCGGAAAAUUGAAAUCGCCAGCGUUACAAUUUUUGAAUGACGUGUGCAAACAUCUUGGAGAAAAGUUUCAAAUUUAUUAAUCCAAGUUUUAUCAGCGUCCGGUCACAGAGGAGAGACAUACAGAGUUGUAACUAGUGUACCCACUUUUUUUGUGCGCAUGCUCGGCAAGUUACUAGAUGCAUGCAUCUGAUUGGAUGAUGACCUGAUGACGACUCACUUUAAACUUGCUGAGCACGCGCAGUUGAUCAUUUCCCGGUCGCCUGAAAAAAAGUGGGCACAUGAUAACGUGUAAUCUUCCGCAGUGUUUACGACGGUCAGUUACGGCUCUUUGUGUCUCUACUCUGUGGUCCGGUACUCCGGUGGACGAUAACACGAACAAAUAAGCAAUUUUGUGUCUUUCGCAGUUGUUAUUUCAGCCAUAGCAAUCUCUAGAUCAUGAUUAUGUUCGAUUUCACGCACAGAUUAUUAACGUUCCGUUCGCACCUCUUCCAUUUGGGUAAUAUUUGUUCUGUGCAUGCAUAGUAAUAGUACGUCUUUUGAAAUAAUUAUUAUAUUUACCCAAUAAAGUAUUUAAACAAACAAAUAAACAGAUUGAACACAGCAGUCUUAAUUCCCAGCAAGACACCACCCUCCUGACAAUACAAUAACUGACAAUACAAUAACCCGAAUGUAGAAUUUCGGCGUUGUAAACAUGUCCUGAAAGCCAAGUCUUAUUAACACAGAUUAUAUCCAGUCUUAUUAACACAGACUAUAUCCAGAUCAUCGGAGUAAACCAGGUUCUGAAAACGUUCAAGGUUAUGUAUUGUUAUCCAUUAUGUAUCCUUUAUGUAGUGUUAUCCAUUUUAACUGAACUUGUCAAACUGCAUUCAAAACGAGACCUUUUACACUACGAUGCGACGCUUCUUGGGGUCCCGGGUUAGUUUCAACACCCCUUGAUAAUUUGAUGAAAAACACUGCAGGGCCUCUUUUAAGGAUAUGUAACUUGGGGGGGGCGGGGUAUUUAGCGGGGGACCUGGAGAAGUUCCGGUCGGCAAGUGUAUCAUAAAAAACGGAGUCCAUCUUUUGUACUUAAUAACUAUCGGCCUGCUAUAUUUAAUAAAACGGUUUUAGGCUUAUUUUAAGGACUGCUCAUUUAUCUUUCGAACAAAUGGUCAUCCGUGUCUUUAAUGCAAGUAAUAACUGCACAGGAGAAAAUUUAGUAAAACCUAUAAUUUUUAGAUGCCGCUUAAUUAUACAAAUUUACUAUGAUAUUCCAUAGUCGGUUACAAUGUUUGAAUUUUCUUGUUCAAACUUUAAUGUUCUUGUUGCCGCAUCAGAAAAAACUAGUAAAAACUUGUUAAAAACAUUCUAAAAGAGAUUAGGUUGUUUUAUUUAUUUCAAAAUCCUAAAUUAUUUCCAGAAAUCAUCAAAACAAUCUUAUGUCCAUGCAUCGUCCGAACUAACGCCAUCGAAUCGGGCGCAAUGUAAACAUAAAUUAGCAAGUUGACGGCAAGCUAAAACACGCUUCAGCUGGGAAUAUAAACACAUUUGAAGGCAGCAAGUGAAUUUAAAAUAGUGUAUUGGAAGCCUUUAUUACUUAGUUUUUACAAGCUAUUGCCAAAAUGCCUCAAUUUGCUCGUUUUGUUGACAAAAUAAGUUAUUUUCAUCAAUUACCGAUUUGUUAUUGCAUCUCAAAUUUUUGACUCUCCAAUCGCAAUCACUUAAAAUACUAUUAUUCACGAACUACUGAAUUAAAUCUACGAAACAACCCAUCGUUGGAAAGCUGAAUGUCUAUGCUUUAAAAUAAAUGUAAACCUGAACGUUUUACUCUAAUAUUCGUUUCGAAAUUUAUAUUUGAAGCGAGGACUCCGUUUUUUAUGAUACACCCUGUAUAUGCAUGGUUUAAUUAAUUAACUAAUAACCAUACGUCAUAAGCCAGCAGAUCAGGCCUGUAACUAGCUCUGGGACAACCGAGUCGAGCACUGAAGAUGCGAGCCGUCUAAAUGGGUCUGGGGCAUGCCCCCGCCCCCUUUUAUUUUUUUGAAAUUUUGGAUUUCUUGAAGCUCAGAUAAGCAUUUUUAGGAGUGCUCCAACAAGAAAUUAACCUUAUAAACAGUGACACAAUUAUUGCAAUUUCACAGUCUCCCAAAUGUAAUCCAGUCUCAAUAAGAUAACAUGAUGUGAUGAUGCGGUAAUGAAAAUGUGCGUGGUAUAUAGUAUUAUCAUUCACCACACUUCAAAUUCUACAGUACUGUAUUACAUAUAUUGGGGUACUUGACAUCGACGCAUUCGUCUUCUCAGUGCCACUGAAGAGCAAGAUAGGGUGGGCUCUUUGGAGUAUCUUUGCUUGGAAAACUAAACUAGAAUUUCCGGUCCUAAAAUACCAUUUCAUGCCUUUUCCCACUCGAGCAAAUUAUUUCAGCCAUGGUUUAGGUUUCUGGCGAUGUUUAAAUUUCAGUCCCCAAAUUCCUACCGUGAGUCAACUGACUCAUAGCUAGUUACGGGCCUGCAAGAUGAUGGUCAAAUUCAGAAAUGUUAACAACUUAACAUCAUUUUAAUUUAUCACUUUGAUAUAUAAUUGCUGGUUGACCACCUACUGCAGGUAGUUCUUAGGGACCUCACUGGGGGGGGGGGAGGACAAAAUAGCCGACUGGAGGGGCCAGUAAGAGGGCUGGAGGAAACAUGUCCCCCCAGACUAUCAGUUAAAAGAGGCCCUGAAACACUGUAUACAAGACGUAAAAGAUAAGGCGCAAUCCAAGAAUCAGUUUCAAAGCGAUUGUUAACGGUCGCUGUUUCGAAGCUCGUCGACGCUUGACAGCGUUGUUGAAUCUUUUUACUCUUGUGACUUCUAUGCACGCAUAAAGACGUUACCAGGUGGAAACACUUGUGGAUCAGUGGAUGUACAGGUUUAUGGAUGAAAUAUUCCACAAAUUACAACAUAAAUGUAUGCAAAAGGAGCAAUUGUGGGAGCCGGAAAAAUUCCGGCCAACCGCUAUGAUGACGUGACUAGUUGCUAGGCUAAGACCAUGGCGUCAGCAUUUUUACGGUUACGCCCAAAUCAUUGGAAAUCAUGGGAAAAACCAAGAAGUCGGGCUUCUGUAUGACUUAUUCUGUGACGAUAUCGCGUGUGCAUGUGAUGUAACCAGGAUUUGAUGCCAUUUUAAUUUCAAAAAGACGCCCUGGGCAAACUAGGAAACAUUGUUGCGGAAGCAUUGUUUCCUGCCAAUGUUUCGCCAUGUUUCCCAGAGUGGGCAAACACUAGGAAACAUUAGUAAGAAAUAUAGGGAAACAUUAGUAAGAAACAUAGGGAAAAUCAAAUGUUUCUGAAUUUUCUACGAAACAUUUUUGCUUCUCGGAAAGCAAAUUUUGUUUCCGCGACAAUGUUUCCACGGGUGGGCAAACAAGGAAACAUAUGAAGAAACAUCGAUAAUCACAAAUGUUUCCACAACAAUGUUUCCUAGUUUGCCCAGGGCUUUAGUUCUGAAUGAUUAUUCUAGAGCACCCUUAGCGACGUUUACCCUCACCGCAGCUUUCCCCAAGAGUAUUCUCAUGUUCCGCUACAGAUAAAUUUUAAUUAUAUUACAUAGAUAUUUGCAGAUCUUAAGUCACUGUUCACCGUCGAGAACUUCUUUAAAACAGUCUACAUGAAUGUAAUAAUUUGUGUAUACCUGUAUAAUUUUGACAUGAUAUAGAUGAUGAUACUGAAGAAAUUAUAAGUACGCGAAGGGAAAAGAGAAAGAGGGAAAUAUUCUUUGACAGUGAGUCUCAGGGCAAUGAUUCCAAUGUGUAUCAGGGUGCAGCAGCCAGUUCUGUAUGCGAGAAUUCAGGUAUAUUUAUACAUCAACUGUUUCAGAGCCAGAGGGCCUAGGGAUGGGCGAUACCAACUUUUUCAUUCGAUACGAUAUUUCCUCGAUAUUUGCCUUUUUUUUUCGAAAUCGAUACCGAUAUCGAUAUUUUCCCAAUUCGAACAACCAUAAGGCAUAACAACAACAAAAAGACUAUUUUUAAUCCGCAUUAACAACGGCAAUAACGCUAACAAUAUAAACAUUGAAUAAUAUAUGUCAGUGAUUGCAACCAACACAACCAGCUGAAACUCCCAUCCUGCCCGUGGACCAUUAUAGCUCCAUAGAAAAUGAACUACUUUUAUAGUAUUUACGCCUAUUUAGGCUCAGUUUGGCUCAGUUGGUAUUCAUUUUCAUGAUGAUGCCGCUGACCAAAAUGAAAAAUAUCGCAGGCGCAGAAAUAUCAAAACAUCGAUAUUUCUUGCCAGUAUCGAUACUUUUCUUCAAAACCCCGAUAUCGAUAGUAUCGAGUAUUUGGUAUCGAUAUCGGCCCAUCUCUAAGAGGGCCAUCCUCAGAGAUAUAGAAAAAUGGCUUCCCGUUUCGUUCCGGUUACAGACAAGCAAAUUUUUGUACUGUAAUUAAUGAAACCGCGGUUUCGCAAAAUGCGAAGAAGCCACAAAAUUUUGUUUAACCGCAGUGUGUAUAGAAGUAUUCUUUAAAGCUAUUUUUAAUGAUUAAAACUAGUUAUAAAAUUACCGAAAGCCUGUAAAUAUUGUUUUCUUUACAACUAUUACGGGAGCUGAAAUACAAAUUGUUUUAAAAAUAUUUUCGUUAGUUUUGUUUUGUUAUGGUAUAUGCUAAAACAAUUAUUCACCUCAGUUUGUUUUGUUUUCCCGAGAGACUCAAUGUUUCCCGAGACGAAGUCGUUGGAAACAUUGAAAUUCGAGGGAAAACAAAACUAACUAUUUCCCUAGGGAACAGACAUUAACUGAUUAAGCGUUUUGUUAUAAUUAUUCUGAUUAACUGCAGAAUACAACAAAAUAAUAUGAUCAUUGAUUCCCACUCGAGAGAACGCAUUUUUCGUUAUACUCUGCAGAGUCAGAAUACUAUGAAACUAGUAUAUACAUCAUGUGACAUGUAAUAAAUUUGGCAUGAAUGCCCGAAUGUCUGGUCUUGAAAAUCACUCAACUUCUGCCCGAAUUUCUAGCUCUGUUUAUUUCUAUUUCGGUUUGUUUUAACUCCAACAUUAGAUACAGAAAUUAGAAGAGCAUGUUACACAAGGAAAUUUUUGCUGCAACUUGCAAACACUCCUAGACCUAGUGUGCAAAUGGUGUCGCUAUACGAAAAAUUGCGAGUUGUAGAGAAAGUUGAACCUGGACAAAAUUAAUCCUUUCCUGAUUUUCCUGAUUCAAAACGAAAAAUAUAAUCGCAUUGCUCUUGCACUUGUCUGACAUCUCAAUGCAGACUGACAAAUUUAUUUUCCAGAUAAACUGUAUUGCAAGGUGUUGUAAAUAUUGCCUUGAGUAUAAAAAAGGUGCAAUUGUCACGUCGUACAAAUAUUUUUCUAGAAAUAUCAAAUGGUGAAGAUUCCCAAAGGCAAAGUGUUAUAAUUGUUGACAGCCAACCGAAGAACGACAGUUCAGAAUUAGAACAUUCAGCUAACACAUUACAAUUAGUCCCUUCAAUACCACCUCGAACUGAAAAAGAAAAUAUGAGCCAUGAUGUGGACGAUAAAAUUGAUGAAGAUAGCACGGGAAGGAAAAAGAUGAAGACAGAAACAAUCUUUGACAGUGAGUCACAAGGAACUGAUUCGGAAGUGACUCAGGAUGCAGCAGAAACAAGUUCCCCAUACGAAAAUUCAGGUAAAUACUGCUCAGCCAUAUGGGUAUAAUAAAAAUAUUAAAUAAUGUGUUCAAGGGAAGCCGCGGUAUUUCUUGCGGACACCCACCUUAACUUUACUCGCCCAAUAAGGCUAGGUAAGAAAUUCUGAGGGCGGACUUGCAUUCCUGGCAAGUCUAGUCAGAACCUAGAAGUAAAAUCGUUUCUUGCCUCGCACAUCUCCCAGACGUUUUCUCCAGGGUUGUUAUAUGUAUUUUAUGAACUUACAGUCUAUUUCAACUUACUUUUCACUCAAAUGUUCCGAACUUCGUUCCAAACUUUGCAAAUUCGUUGCCAAGUUCAAAAGUUCAUAAUGAAAUUCGCAAACAGGUUUGUAAACAAAGCCUCUGAUUGGCUAUUAAAUCAAACCAGCCAAUCAAAUGCCCAGUUUACAAACCUGUUUGUGAAUUUCAUUAUGAACUUUUGAACUUGACAACGAAUUUAAUUGCGAAGUUCGGAACGAAGUUCGGAACAUUUGAGUGAAAAGUAAGUUGAAAUCGAUUGUAACUACUGGUGUGAUCUUGAAAUUAAUUGAGCAAAAUCCUUUUAAGUGCCGGUGUCGCAGGUAAUUUGCCCUUUAAUUUGCCUUUCCACUGGGCUACAUUUUCCACGAAAUUUGGCCCUCCUGGUCGCAUGUUUAUUGACCACGACGAGACUUUUGCUCAAAAGCAGUCAAUGCUCUACAACACCGAAGUGAAGGAGCGUAAUAAUACAAUCUGCAGACAUGCAUGUUUCGGCGUCUUACGCCUCAUCCCAAGCGCAUGUGGUACAUCACAGGCCAUCAACGCGUCCAGACAUGCGCAGGGUGUCAUGGGGCCAGAGUGCUCAAACAACCACGAGGGAAGUGAGCUUUGCUUUAUUGCUAAUGGACACCCAAUUAACUCCACAAAGUGCUCUACAACACCGUAGUGAUCAUGAAGGAGCGUAAUAGUACAAUCUGCAAACAUGCAUGUUUCGGCGUCCUACGCCUCAUCAGUGCAGCUUGAUACACACAGGGGAGGGAGUUACACCGGGGAGGGAGUUACACCCCGCAGUCUCUAUCUCGUCGGGUAUAUCCAUACAAUUUGGCUAUUAGUAAAACACGGAGCAGUAGAAAAACCACAAUCCUUUAUGAUAAACUACAUUGUUUAUUAUUACAAAUGUUAUUAUUAACAAAGAUUUUUUCUCGUAAAAAACACAUCAUCUCGUACUGACAGAAAAAUCGUAGCCGUCACCCAUCUGAGUACGAAAUUUUGGAGAAAUCUCGUAGUCGGGUAGUCCUCACAACAACUUUUUAAAAAGCAAAGAGAGUUGAUAUUUAAUUUAAUUUGAUAUAGAGAGUUGGUAUAUUAGAGCUGAUGGGGGUUGAUAUAUUAGUGCUGUUGGGGGUCGGGAAUCCACGACAACAUACGAAAGACUAGGCUUCAUUUUAUACUGCUCUGCUCAAAUACUCUUUUUAGAGAUAUCAACUGCCGAAGAUCAAGCAGACACAUCGGACAUAAAAGAAAAUACUUAUGAACGUGAUGAUGACGAUGAUGCGGUUUAUAGUGAAGAUGUAGAUGAUGAAAAUUCAACCAACAGCGACCAAUGUAAGUUAUAUCUACUAUAAUAGACAGAUUUAGAAAAGACCUCAAAGACGACGUGAAAAUGGCGUGUUCUGUCCAUAUAUGGAUGCGCCACGCCAUUUUGACGCCAUUUUCACGUCGUCUUUGAGGUCGCGUCGUCUUUCCUAAAUCUGUCUAAUGUGAUUGAUGGAACAAUGGAAGGGGGGGGGGGAGUUCUAUCAGUAGCUGAAGUAUUGUUGUGAAUUGUGAUGAGUUGGUUAGGUGAAUACUAAGGAUUAAGUUAAGAGUUCGGUUCACAAUCAGAUUUAAGAUAUAGUAUAAGCAAUAACAAGAAAAUUUUUAACCUACUAUCUCCAGGAAGGACGUUUAUUUUCAGGUAAACUCAGCAAGCUGAAACACAAAUCGUGGUACGGCUUAUUCUGCCAACACUGAAAUCGCACCUUGUGAUUAAGUGAAAAUGUUUUGAGUGAGUGUAUUCACCAUCUAGAUCCACUUACCGUGGUAAAAAAUCAUUUAGUGUUCCCGUAACUGGAAUGUCAAUAAAAUUCUUGUUUUGCAGGUUAUCCUAAACGGCACCUGGAGAAAGAAUUUACAAUUUAUUUACAGUACAUGCUGAGCUAUUGCCUUGAUCCCGAGUUUUUAGACGGCGCUAACAGCCAAGACGGUUUGAAAGUCGCUAAAUAUAAAAUUGAAAGAAAAAUGCAGGAUUUAGAAAAUAUGCUCAAGAGUGAAGCUUGGCAGAGUGGUUUUGAGGAAGCUAUGGAAACAUUCCCGAUAUUACAGUGCUCAACAGUAUAUCCACAUGACGGUUGUGAAGCGUGCGCAAGAACUGGUAGAAUUGCUUCAAAGAAACUAACAUUCAAGGGCUCUCCCUACGACAUAAAAAACUUCGAACCUCAAAAAACUAGUCUACCGAGUCAUAUGUCAUUUGAAGUUGGCAAAUACUGUGCAAGACGAUCGAAAUUGUAUCAUCGUGUAUUUCAUUAUAGAUUUCAUAUACGUGAAAAGUGCGUGGAAGCUGUCAAUCAAUUUUCUGAAAAAGACGUAACUACAGAGUUUGUCUUAAACAAAUGCAUGGAUGAUGAAAAAUGGAGAAAGGAGAAGUAUCGAGAUUUUUGUUCUUUGAUUGACAAUGUUACAACAUGGUUUGCCAGUAUUAACAAAUCAACAAAUCGGAAGAGUUAGAAGACGUUUUAGUACAAAUUUUAAUUAAAAUAUUUAAUCGCAAACGGUGAAACUUUAUUUUUGACCAAUUAAGUAACUACCCACCACAGUAAUUGAUGCCGGUAAAUCUGUUGUGGUGUUCCCAUCUCCUGUAGUUUUGCAUUAUAUGCACUGUUUUUAUUUUAUAUUGUGUAUAUUUUAUAAGGCGAAGCUAAAUAACUAAAAAAAUAAACUAAAGUUAAUUAGUUCAAUCAUGUAAUGAUUUACAUAAACUAAAGUCUAUGCCUAGAUUUUCUCGGCUAAACCGAUUCGCCAAAUUAAAAUAGUUGGUAAAUGUGCU